UUACAACAUUCAGCAGAAUCCCGAAAGUUCCACCUCAGAGUGCUACUGCUAUACCUUGGCAAGUCCCGUAUUGAACAUGGGCCGCAAGGUCUUUAUGCGGCACAGCGGUCCGUCGUUCCAGCCUAUACUCCGCCUACUCCGCACGCGGCUGCAUGUUGACACUGGGAUCAUCUCUCGACCACCAUCCUUUACCCGCCAACAUGACAGUCGUCAAGUCAUUGCUAGGCCCAGCGCUACAGCAGAGCGGAGCCGUGAACGGCUUGGUGCUGCAAUGACAUGUCAUUGUUCCUCAGCGGCACCGUUAUUCCGAGGCAUCACACGAAGCAGGUAGGCUAUAAAUUGCGGUAUUUCCCUCAUUUUCUUUGCAAUCCAACCGGUUCGCCUCUGGUUUACAAUGAAGCACGCAAUCCUCCCUUUCCUCUCGCUGGCUGCGCUUGCCGUUGGCCAAGUGACGCCGCCACCCAUCCCAGGGACACCGCAAAUCAUCCAGAAUGGCAAUUUCGCGAACGGUACAACCGGCUGGCAGUCAAGCCCCCCAGGCACGAUAAUGAACGGCAUGUACUGCAUGAACGUACCCGCGGGGGGCUCACUUGGUAGCAACACCAGCUAUCUGACCACGACCUAUCAAUUUCUUGAGACGAAGAACGAUGUCUACACACUCAACUUCACCGCCAGCUCAUCCGUCGGCUACGAUAUCCUGGUGCAAACGCCAGACCCACCACUCGACCCCAACCUCAACAUGACGGCAGCACUAACGACGAGCCCAUACCCUUUCUCCAUGACCUUCUCACCAGCAAACCAGGCCCCAAAUACGACCUUGGAGUUCUUACUGACCGGCCCACCACGAGCGGCCACUGUGUGCAUUGGCAAUGUGUCGAUGAAACGGAUCGAUCGCAGUGCCUGGCGCCAGGAUUAUGGCUCCGCCAUCAAGGUUAACCAGCUUGGUUAUUUGCCGAACGGACCAAAGGUUGCGACCUUUGUAACUACUAACAUUGCGCCGAUGAAUUGGACACUUUACGGCAACACAGGCGCUGUCUCCGCAAGUGGAAGGACACGACCCAGAGGCUUGGACAUUGCAUCUAGUCAAACGGUUGCGACCAUAGACUUUAGCAACUUCACCACUGAAGGCACUGGCUAUACUCUCUCCGUCGAUGACAGCACCAGCUAUCCAUUCUCCAUAUCUUCCAGCCUUUACGAGUCACUCCGCGCGGACUCUCUUCGCUUCUUCUAUCAGCAACGCAGCGGUAUUGCCAUAGACGGCAACCUUGUCGGUUCACAGUACGCUCGUGCAGCUGGCCAUGUCCAGAUCCCCCCCAAUCAAGGCGACGUUGCCGUGCCCUGCCAGCUCGUCAACGAGUCUCUUAUAGCCUAUCUGGAACCAUGGACAUGCAACUACACACUCAAUGUCACCCAGGGCUGGUACGACGCGGGCGACCAAGGCAAGUACGUUGUCAAUGGCGGCAUAUCGGUAGCCCAACUCAUGAUGGUUUACGAGCGCACACUGUACACCAAUACAAAUGUUUCCUCGGGUUUGGGGGACGGCUCCCUUCGCCUGCCAGAACGAAACAAUGGGAUACCAGAUAUACUCGACGAAGCCCGCUGGGAGCUUGAAUUCAUGCUCAAGAUGCAAGUGCCUGCCAACUCCACCCGGCAACUUUUCAAUGGCAGUAUGGUCGACAUGUCCGGUAUGGCUCAUCAUAAGAUGCAUGAUAAUCAAUGGACGCCCCUACCCACGGAUCCUUCACAGGACCCCAAGCGCCGGGAGCUGCACCGCCCUUCUACAGCUGCGACGCUGAACCUCGCUGCUGCCGCCGCGAUGGCUGCACGCUUGUUCCCGGCGUUUGAUGCUACUUUCGCGGCACGCUGUCUCGCCGCAGCCGAAACGGCCUACGCGGCCGCGAAACAGAACCCUGCCAUCCUUGCGCCGGGCACUGAUUGGGAUCAGGGUGGUGGAGCGUACAAUGAUAACGAUGUGUCCGACGAGUUUUACUGGGCCGCUGCGGAGCUGUACCUCACGACUUCCGGACAACAGUACCUGGACGAUCUGAAGGCGAAUCGGUACGCUACCGCCAACGUCUCCACGUUGUUCUCUGUGCCGUCCGGUUUCAGUUGGGGCUCUGUAGCUGCCUUGGCACAGAUGGAUCUGGCGACUGUUCCUAGCAACGUCUCUAACCAUUCGGCUAUCGUGCAGUCUGUGCUCACUGCGGCAGACAUGCUUGUAGCCGUGCAGCAGAACAGCUCUAAUGGCUACGGAGUGUUCCUGACAACGUGGCCCUGGGGGUCGAACAGUAAUGCUCUGAACAACGUGCAGGUCGUCGCAACAGCUGCCUCCCUCGCCACCAACAGCACCGCCUACCGUACCGCCGCCCUAGCAGGCAUAGACUACGUCCUCGGUCGCAAUGCUCUUGCCCAGUCCUACAUCCGCACCUACGGCACAAAGAACACGCAAAACGUACACUCCCGCCUCUACGCACACGAACUAUCGGACCUUGUCCCUCAAGCUCCACCAGGCGCGAUGUCGGGUGGCGCGAAUCAGGCCGCGUCCGAUCCGCCGGCGGACGACGUGCUGCAGGGUUGUGCGCCGAUGACUUGUUACGUAGACGAUGUGAACAGUUAUAGUACCAAUGAAGUGGCGAUCAAUUGGGGCAGCGCUUUAACGUGGGUAGUUAGCUGGGCGGCUGGCCAGUGAGUGAUGCAUAUAUAGCUGCAGAAAGUGCUGCGAUAUGGAGGAGUGCAGGUGUGUCUACAUAGAGCAGCUUGAGAACGCCAC